AUGGUAGCCAUAUUUUUAUGGCUCCUAGCUCUCAAAUCUCUCGCAACGUUUGUAUCUGCAGUGGGCGAUGCUCAGACAAUAUUCUCCAACCCGGGCAAUAUCUGUUCUUCCGGGGAGGUUCUGUUCGCCUGCAACUGCCCCGGACCUAAUGGAGGACUCAAUAUCUAUAUAGAUGAGAACGGUAUGGGACGCUGCUGUGGGAACGGCGGCGAGGUAUUCUUCUUGAGUGAGUCAGCCCGUGACAUUCGAGGUGUUUGUUGUGCCGCUGGAGAAAGCUAUCAGGAUGGAGAAUGCCGAACUCGUAUGCCCUCCACGCCACGUAUUCCGGGAACGCCACCUGGUACAGGCGAGCCGCAGGGGCCAUCUGAAUCACUCCGUUCGGGACAACCUCCCUUCACUGAUCAGCCAUCUACUACGCGUCAAUACGAACAAACGUCUUCCCCUGGUCAACCGCCCGCCCCAAGCCAAUCGCCAACCUCGGGCGAGCCAUUCAUUCUGGGCCAAUCGUCUACUACACUUCCCAGAGAACAACCUUAUGUGCCGGGGCAGCCUCCUAUCCCUGGAGUACCUGGUCAGCCACCUAUCCCUGGACAGGCAUUCGUUCCCGGACAACCAUAUAUGCCCCCUGGUGCGACACCGCCUGCAUCCUAUGCUCCUUGCGACGAGGGCAGCGAUUCCUACGUAUCCAGAAAAACCGGGAAAUCUCGAUGCUGCCGUGCUGUCAAUAACCUAUUCUUAUUUGAUCUCACCACGCGCGAGGGUACUUGCUGCCCUACGGGAAGUUCUUACAAGUCUCUCGACGGCGAAGGAGGGUGUUGUCCCGACGACUACGACUACUAUGGCCAAGGGUGGUGUAUAUACACCGAGACAGGCACACAGACGCCAGAGGUCCCGCCCGUCGAACCGCACCCUCUCCUGGUGUGUCCGGAGGGUGCACAUGUCAUGUACUUAGAUAAGUCUAGGGAUGAGAUGUAUUGUUGCCCUGAUGAACGCAAUGCCAAGAUCUUCAACUGGCAGACUCUCGAGGGUGUCUGUUGUCCUGAGAACCAAGCCUACUGUCCGAAAGACGCCCUUGGACGAGGAGGCCGCUGCUGCCCCAUCUCCCCGUGCGAUUCAGAGUCCUGA